AUGUUAGUAGAGGUGCAAUCCGUGAAAGUAUGCAUUCUGCAGCGAGAACGCGUUCCUUCUCACUCUGGAAAACGGGCUUUAUGUGGGAUCCAUGUUGCGAUUCGAGCGUAUAAAGAUCCGUUCUUGACAAAUGGGGAUGUCACAGACGAUCUACAGGGUCGAUUUGAGGGCACCCUACGAGAUACAUAUCCAGUCUUGGUCUCAGAAACUCACAGUGACCGAUUCGAGCCAGCCUACGUUCAGAUCAAUGUGACCGCGGAGCCGAAGUUUCUACGGAUAUGGCUCUAUCUGCGGGAGGAGUCCGCACUCAGUUUACCAAAAGCUCUUGGUUCCCCUGAGGAAGAUUGUUUAAAUAUUUUGGACAAAACAGUUUUCGGCAAUGAAGAGGGUUCUUUGCAUGAUGUCAGCUUUACCACUGAGGAUAUCAAGGGUAUCAGAUUUUACAUGGUUGUGCGAGAAUCCCUGUUCUCCGCGGACGAACCGGCCGGUUUCCUUCUGGAUGACGAUCCCCAAGAACCUGUUCGCUUCGAGUAUGAGGUGGACGACAAUGGUCAACGUAUUGUUCUCGGAAAGGGCACUUUCGGUACUGUGUAUUCCGGUCGUGAGUUGUCGAGAGAAGUCAAAAUUGCGAUCAAAGCGUUGAACAAUAUUAGUUCAUGUGAGUUCCAAUCCUUCGGCGAGGAGAUUCGAUUGCAUUCCCGACUGAAUCAUCGGAACAUUGUACGCUAUCUCGGUUCCGAUGUACGUGACGGAGUGUUUGUCAUUCUGAUGGAGUUGGUACCCGGAGGUGCGUUUUUUUGCUCGGAUCUGGAAUAG